AAAAAUAUCUCCUCCCAACUUUUUUCAAAAAAAUUAAAAAAAAAACAAAAAAAAAAACAACUGAACACGAGAGAAACGAAACAGAGAGGGAGAGAGAUGGCUUAGCUCGCGUCUCCUUUCUCUCUCCUAAACCCUAAUCUCUCUCUCUCUCCUCUUCCUCAAUCGCCGAUUCACUCUCUUUCGAUGUGUUUCGCAUUUCAACAAGAACCCUAACAUCAAAGUUUUCAAUCUCAAAUCUCCCAAUUUCUCGAAUCUAGGUUCUGAAGUUCUACGUUUUUUCCUUUUUCAAUCCGCCAUUUUUUUGUGUAUCAGUAGUUUUCUAUUCCGUUUAUUAAGUUAGGAAAACUGUAGAUUGUAGUUACCGAUUAUUGAAAGCUGUGUUUGAAGAAUAAACAGUGAUUGGUUGAUUGAUUGAUUGAUUGAGUGAGCGAUUGAUUGAUUGAUUGAUUGAAGUUUGCGUUAAAAAGUUUAUCGGGAGGAGGAAAAGAGAUGUAUAAGGAUCGAGGAUCGAAAGCGGAUAUGGGAGCGGUGGAUCGGAAAAGGAUCAAUGAUGCGUUGGAUAAGCACUUGGAAAGAUCGUCGCCGUCGACUUCAAAAGGAUUGAACGGUAAAGAUAAGGAUAGGUUGUCGGCGCAGUCGAUUAUCAAUUCUACUAGCGGUAAACAGCCUUCUGAUCAGAGAGAUUCCCGCGCUAUUUCUCUCUCGAAGAAUCGAUGCUCUGAUGACGAAUCAGAAACUGAUAGUGAAGGGUCUGAUGUCAGCGGAUCAGAUGGUGAUGACACAUCUUGGAUCGCAUGGUUUUGCAACUUGCGGGGCAAUGAGUUUUUCUGUGAGGUUGAUGAUGAUUACAUUCAAGACGAUUUUAACUUGUGCGGGUUAAGCAGUCAAGUUCCAUAUUAUGACUAUGCUCUGGAUUUGAUACUCGAUGUGGAAUCCUCACAUGGUGAUAUGUUUACUGAGGAACAGAACGAAUUAGUCGAAUCUGCAGCAGAAAUGCUCUAUGGUUUAAUCCAUGCUCGAUACAUAUUGACAAGCAAAGGGAUGGCUGCAAUGCUCGAGAAAUACAAAAACUAUGACUUUGGGAGGUGUCCAAGAGUUUAUUGCUGUGGACAACCUUGCCUUCCAGUUGGGCAAUCGGAUCUUGCUCGAUCAAGCACCGUAAAAAUAUACUGUCCUAAAUGUGAAGAUAUUUACUACCCCCGGUCCAAGUAUCAAGGCAAUGUUGAUGGAGCUUAUUUUGGAACAACAUUCCCUCACCUAUUUUUGAUGACAUACCCACAUCUUAAGCCUCAAAAACCAAGUCAGAACUAUACUCAACGGGUGUUUGGUUUUAAGCUCCACAAGCCUCAAAAACCGAGUGAGAACAAUACUCAACGGGCAGAGAGAAUCCUGCAGUCUUAAGCAAAUUUGCAGCUCGUGACCUCCAUGACGUGACGUGGGAGAGAGGAUAUGCUGCUGGAUGUCGAGUUUCAAGGAGAUGUGAGAUCAGAAGUUGUUCUCUCGCGUUAAAAAUGAUAUAUUUGCCGUCAAUGUACCAUCCGAAAAAGUAGCAGUUUAAAUGCUGCAUUUCAACCUAUCAUUCAUUACUAUUCACAAUUUUAGCUGCCUAAAUCAAUCAAGAGCGUUUGUAAGCUAUGAUGUACUUUUUCUCAUGAACUCUUCUAAUCAAUAUCGUAGUGCUUUUUUUUUAACCCUUGA